UGUUGACCUUGCAUGGACCCCCAUGGGAUUCUUAUUCGGGGCGUUUCCGUGCUCUUCGCAUUGACAUGCUCCCGAAACAAUCGGAUAAUUUGGUCCGACCAACAUGACUGAGCCAAUGUCUGAAGAGAAGCACGACUCCCGUCGGCCACUCCACGACAACGUUAGCUCGAGGUAAAUAUAGCAUGGGGCGUCACAUGACUCGCCAUUGCAACUCCACGUGAUGUUGCCGCAUGCGCUUGGAGCGAAGGCGUUGUCGUUCUCGGUAGGGUCGCCAUACACAUCCAAACGGUGAUAUCGACGGUCGUUCCUUGUGUGGCGUGUUCUUUCAGUGGGGAACGCCGUCACCAGCGUCGAAUCACCCGCCGCCCCGCCAACUCAGUCGACCACACCACAUCCAGCGCACAAUGCGGGCCGAGGACUUUCGCCGCAUGUCGUUCCAAGACGACGCGCGCGCCGCGGCCCAUCGCUCGUUUGUGCGACGGCUCAUCGACGGUCAGACGAGAAUUCCCGUGCUGAACCCCCGGCGGCAAGUGUACGACAUGAUGCAGAUGGGCAUCGAUGCCCACCUGACAACACUGGAGUGGUCGCCUGUGGCGACCAUGCCCGGCAACUCGCCUCGCAAACAAGGGCAACCGACCAGUUCGUUGAACUUGGAAGAUGUUGUGUCUGUCGUUGCGUGGACGUACAAGGUGCCGCCCCCGAAGCAGGUCGCGAUGGAAAACGACCUCGCCAAGAAGGGCUCGUGCUGGUACUAUGGCGUGUGCGUGGCGUACACGAGGCAUCGCCCCCAGCAACUCACGAUGGUGUGCAGCAACACAGCAGAACAAGAGCAACUCGUCGCGAGUUUCCGAACGCUGGCACGAGCUGCCAAGCAACGGCAAAGUGCGUUACAGCUCCUCGAACGGACAAAACUGGCGCACCUCGAACCCGCGAGAUCCACCUCGACGGCGGUCCCCUCCAUGGCUAUCCCACCAAUGCUUGGACGGAGCACAAUCUAGCUGCGAUUCAGUGGGUUGGACCUGCCAACGUCAUUGAGUGCAUGACAGCCUGCGUUGUCGGUGCCGCGACAGAUUUAUGAUCGCAAAUGUAACUGCCACGUCGCUUCAGUAACCGUCAUCCUCGGUAUACGGUCGUGGCAUGACAUGACGGACAUGUUCCCGCGGGG